UGCUGCUGCUGCUACAGGCCUUCUCGAUGAGCUGGAGGGAGCGCGUGAAGCAGGACUGAAGGCUGUCGGGUAGCGAGCUGAAGUCAUCGAGACCAUGAUCUGCGAUGAUUCUGACGGCAUGCUCGACAUACGCCGUCUCGGUCGUCAUGGAGAGGGAAGCAUCUGCGCUAGGAAGCAGAGGUGGAAUCAGCCCAAAAAAUAAAAUUCUGGCCCUGAUCGGCCGAGGCGCGCGACGCGCGCGUAGAGCUCCGAGAGCGCGUCGAAAGUCUCGAAGUAACACUUUCCCUAGCCCUUCUUCUUUUUACGCACCCAUCGUCGCUGUACGACAAUACUUCGAGACAGCUGCCAUGUUUCGGACGGCCCCGCCUUCUGAUAGAAAGCCAUCGGCGAUUGAGAGGGCAGCCAAAUUGGGCAGCCCGGCCGUCAAGGCGGGAGGUGGACUGGUGGAUCGCCAUGCGACAAAGGGUCCCCGUCGGUUUCCCUAUCGGCUCAACUUUUACGACAAGCCGCCCAUCCAUGAGAUCACCAUUGAGCAGUUUGAGACGUGGGCCAUCGAUCGGUUGAGGGUCCUGGCCGAGAUUGAAUCGUCGCAUGCGCGCAACCGGUCCUACGCUGAGCUCAAGGAUCUUGUCAAUGCUCAGAGCAAAAAGUACCUUCCUUUGAGCGCGACAACGGCGGGCUUGAUGCGGGGUGGCGUCGACCUCGAAGGGGAGCGGAUGAAGGAUCAUGUCAGCCACUUUGUUCUGCGGCUGGCCUUUUGCAGGACCGAGGACCUGAGAAGACGCUUUGUCAAGGCGGAGACGACGCUCUUCAGACUGCGCUUCGAGUCGGAUGAUGCGCAGGAGAGGGAGAGGUUCCUGCAGACACUGCAAUUCGAGUGGAAGUCGGUCAGCCAAGAGGAAAAGAUGAGCAACAAGGAGUCGCUGCUCGCCGCCACACCCUGGCUCUACUCCACGUUUGACAGCGAGAGCUUCUUCAAAGUGCACUGGACGAGAGUCGCCGAUCUCGUCGAGAAGCGGAGGGUGUUUCUGCAGGGCGGCACGGCCUGGGUGCCGAUGAGGGAGCAGUCCAGCCUCGUCGUGGCCGAAUUCCAGUCGAGGCUGAUCAAGGAGCUCGAGAUGACGGCCCGCGCCCUGCCUCGACUCGACGAGGACGACCGUCUCCUGCCCGUCCUCUCCCACCUCUCCAUGGGCUUCCUCGCUGGUGUGUCCUCCGACCUGUCCACAUCGGCGAUCACGGGCGUCGACGGAGGCCAUGUCACUGCCGACAUGGUGGAUGCGCUUGUGAAGCGCCACGCACCCAUGUGCAUGCGCAAUCUCCACGAGACGCUCCAGGACAAGGGUCACCUCCGACAUUACGGCAGGCUGCAGUACAACUCCUUCCUCAAGGACGUUGGCCUGCCCGUCGAAGAGGCGCUCCUCUUCUGGAGGCGGUCGUUCCGGGGCAUGUCCGACGACAAGUUCAACAAGGAGUACAAGUACAACAUCCGCUACGGCUACGGUCUCGAGGGCAAGCGGAUCAACUUUCCAGCCAAGAACUGCAUCAACAUCAUUACCCAGGACCAGCCAGGUCCGCAGGACAACCAUGGCUGUCCCUUUCGCCACUUCUCACCCGCCAAUCUGUCGUCGGCCCUCAUCAGCCAGUACGGGCUCAACUUUGCAGAACAGUCGGAGAUCCUGCAGGCCGUCAAGAGUGGCCAUUACCACGUCGGCUGCACGAGGCUGUUUGAGAUCACCCACCGCAAGCAGGGCGUCAAGAAGGGCGACGGCCUGGGCGAGGGCGAGAGCGUGAGCCACCCAAACCGAUACUUUGAGCGGAGCUGGUCGCUUGUCAAGGAUGCCAAGUCAUCAUCGACCUCAGCUAGCAGCGGCGGCGGCGGCAACGAUGAUGAAAAGGACGAGUCGACCACGGAUCGAACCGCCUCGGCAUCGAGCAAGAGGACCUCAGCAGCUGCUCAAAUCGACAUCGAAGACGAUGGCGACGAUGAAGACAUGGAUCUGCUGCUCCAGGAGGCUCAAAAAGCCGAAGACGACGCCAUGGCCGUCGACACAUGAACGAUGACUCUCACCGACCACUCUGCUGCAGCAACCUCUCGUUUGUCCGUUCCUUCAUGCGCUCUCUCUCUCUUGUAAUCUAUCAUUCUAUUCGUGCACUCUCAC